GGGAUCAGAAUGCCCACCAACCCACAAUCCAUUACUGUCCCAACACACCGCCAUGCCUGGCGUCGCACUGACGACUACACCCCCGGCACAGCCAAGAUCAAGCUCAUCACAGAAUCUCUCCCCCUGCCACUCGACCCAACCCUAGUCCUAGUCAAGAUUCAUGCUGUCUCUCUCAACUACCGAGAUGCCAACAUCGCGCAUGGCGGAAACCCCUGGCCUGUAAUCCCCAAUGGAAUCCUUGGUAAUGACGCUUCGGGAGAAGUCAUUGGUGUAGGCGAUAAAGUCAAGGACUUCAAGAUCGGAGAUCGCGUGGCCCCCGUUACGGACACAGAACUCAUCACAGGCCGAGAAAGCGGUCGAUCGUGGCUAGCGGCUAAUGAAGAUGGGGUGAUGGCGGAUUAUAUCGUUUUUGAUGAGUCGAGACUCGUUAAGCUGCCGGUACAUCUGGAUUGGGUCAGCGCAGCGACGAUUCCGUGCGCAGGAACGACGGCGUGGUCGGCUGUUAAGGGUGCGAGACCGGGGAAGACGGUGCUUAUUCAAGCUGGAGCUAGGGUCAUCCUGUCUUCGUCUAGCGAUGAGAAGCUCGUCAAAAUAAAAGAGCAAUACCCGAAUCCACCAAUAUUAACAGUCAACUAUAGAAAUCCCACCUGGCAUGAGGAGGUUUUGCGGCUCACAAGCGGCGUCGGCGUCGAUAUCGUCGUUGAGAACGGAGGUGCCCCGUCGCUGGUGCAGAGCAUGAAGUGUACGCGGCGCGGAGGGGUUAUCAGCCAGGUCGGAUACCUUGGCAAGCAGGAUCCAGAGUUAUUGGAACAACUCAUUCCGACUAUUAUCGACAGACGGGUGGUGUUGAGAGGCAUAAAUGCCGGGACGAAAUAUGAUACGGAAGAUCUCUGUGAAGCGCUUUCGGCUCAUGAGACACAGCUUGAUGAUAUUAUUGAUAAGGUCUAUCCAUUUUCGCAGGCUGAGGAGGCAUUGCAGUUUAUAUGGGAUGGUAGGCAGAUUGGGAAGGUUGUACUUCGAGUUUAG